AUGAGAACCGAAUACCAUCCCAUCAGCAUCAUCAAAACCGCGAACGAUGAUACGAUUUAUAAUCGUAGCAACCGCUGUUUCAGCUACCGCCAUCAAUACAAUCAUCAUCAACAACAGCAGAAGCACCACCAGCAAAAGCAGCAGCAGCAGCAGCAGCAGUAUCUGAUGAUGACGAAUAAGCCAGCGGUCACUACUUCCUCAUCCUAA